AAAGAAGACGUCACAGAAAAACGUCAGAAAAAAAAGCACACACGUCUUCGUAAUUUUCAGUGAAAGGAUUUUUUCUUGCCCAAUUUUCCAAGCUUUGUGCUACUCCUGUAUACACAAAAUACACACAGUUCUAUAGAUAGAUAAGUGAGGUGUGUAGUGAAAAGAAUAGGGGUGAGAAUGGAUGACGAUUGGGAGCAAAUAGCUGACAAAAUUGAGCAGGGUACGAUACCCCCGAAGAAUCCCAAUAUCAACAAAUGGGAAGGUGAAGAUGAGGAUGAUGAUGUCAAGGACAACUGGGAGGAUGAUGAGGAAAAGAAGGAUGAGGAGAAGGUUGAGGCGAAACCUUUGCCAAAACCCAAGAAAACAUUGCAAAAGAAGAUAGCAGAAAAAGAGCGUCUUGAAGAGGAGGAAUUAGAAAGGCGAGAACAGGAAAAGUAUGAAGCCAUGACACCUGAAGAGCAACUAGCGGAGAAACUUAGAAUUGAGAAAGCACAGAAGGAGUCUGACCUCAAAAAUGCUCAGGAUCUGCUGGGAGUGAGUGGGGAACGUUUAAGCAGUGGCGAAGGGAUUGAUGCAAUGGUGCCCACGAAUAAGGCAGAAUUUACGGAAUUAGCUGAUGCCAUUAGCAGAAAGGUCUCAACAUUCAAAGCAAAAGAUGAGUUUCCUGCAUUCAUUGAGGAGUUAGUUCGCAAUAUGUGUGUACAUUUGAAUUCGACUGAUUUGAAGAAAGUAAAAACUACAGUGGAUAACUUGUACACGGAGAAGCAAAAGAUGGAGAAGGAGAAGAGUAAAAAGGGCAAGGCCAAGUCACGAGCCAAAUUGAGAUAUGACGGUGACACAGUAAGUAGAAAGAAAAGAAGAAAAAAAAUGCAAAUUUUAGCUCACCACACCAGUCACAAUUUUGCAUUCCUCACACAUAAUUUAUUUAUUUUCUUGGCAGCAAUCGAAAAUUACGGACUAUGGGUACGAGGAGUACGACGAAUAUGAUGAUUUCAUGUAACAUUAAAUCAAACUUCGCGGAAUCCUAUCUUGUUAUUUACACCCAACAAACACACAACACAACAAAAAUCUUCUACUAAAUGUAUAUUCAGCUACAUUUAUGAAAAUAAUGGAAAAAAAAAUUCUCUAAAAUGAUGAAAAAAAAUUUAUUUGAAUGUAAUCCUCAAGUGUAGAAAAAAAUUUAAUCUACAUUUUGCUGUAAAUUACUUGUAAAAUUAAAAAUUAUGAAUUUUCAAUAAACAUUCAAAGAUUGCAACUGAAUUAAAA